AUGGAAAAGGAGCAAUAUCGGUCGAUGCCCCGAAAACGGCUGCCACGGAGGAUGUCGAUAAUCCACGAUCUCAUAUUGGCAGACCGCCGAUUGAAGGUGCGCGAGAUAGCUAAGACAGAAGGUAUCUUAAAAGACCGCGUGGGUCCAUAUCCUGCACAAAGUAUUGGGCAUGAGAAAGCUGUCGGUGCGAUGGGUGCCGCGUUUGCUUACUCCGGAUAA